GGCUGAGGUAGAGUGUAGCUGAGGAGGUAGCGAAGAAGGGGCCCCCAGGAAUUUCAUAAUGGCUGGCCGUAGCAGCUUGUCAAUGCCAGCCAGUGUAAGGUAGACUUAUUUCCUCACCUGUGUCAACAACCUGAAGCCCGAAAAAAAAGUUGCCACCCGAACCCAUCGACAGUGAAACCUUCAUGCGGAUCGCACGGAUUCGACAUGGCACGUCCCGAGUCGUCGGACUGGUGCACAGCAGCGGUAGCGAUAGUGCUCUUGUUGGUGAGGCUCUUGUUUUAUGCCGUUGCAUCGGAGCGUCGUCGUGAUGCCUGUUCGUGACAAACCCGGCAACUGCUACUGCCGGCAUCCAGCGACGCGGAGUGCGGAGUCAACGUAGCGUGGCAGAGUGCGGGUUCAAUAACACCGCCCGGUGAGCUUCCGUCCGUGCUGUGAUUACGUCGGCCUCUCUACCGAGGCGGCGGGCUAGACUUCUUCCAAGGCGCUUUUUUGUGUUCUCUGUAUGGCGGAAAAAAUGGAGCUUAGGAAGAGCUUGAGAAGGAAGUUCUCAGGAAACAUACGUUCACCUGUUGUAAGAAGAGACAGUCAGGCUGAAGUCGUACUCAAAGGCUGGCUUUACAAACUCGAGGGAGCUACAAUAAAACAGUGGAAGAAACGGUGGUGCAUCCUUUCAGAGUACUGCUUGUUCUAUUAUAAAGGGCCUGAAGAAGACAAGUGUUUAGGUUCCAUUCUACUGCCAAGCUACAAAAUCAGGCCAUGCACAGCGGAUGACAAGGUGUCCCUGAAGCAUUCGUUUGUAGCUGAGCACCAGAACACAAAGACAUACUAUUUUGCUGCGGAGAACAAUGCCAGCAUGUGUCAGUGGAUGAACGCCAUGUCCCUUGCGGCCCUCAUGCAAAAAGACACUGACCGCAGCCGCCAAGCACUGCCAUUACACGGGAUGCAAGCCGCAGCUAACGCUUCUCAGGGCAUUCCACCAGACUAUCAUUUCUCACCGCACGUAGCACCACAGAGGCCUGGCAUGCAACAGCCCCAGCGUCCCUCUGACGAGUCCUUCGAGGUGGAAGCCUACUCUGCGGGGGCGGCCCCGGACGGCCACUAUUUGGGCAGCGGUGAUCAGUAUCCCUGCUCCUACACUCGCAGCCCCAUUUACGACCAGCGGCCUCCACCCGCCGCCCCACGACAGCGCCCGUGCUAUCCAGUUUACGCCAAUGCACCUCCCAAGCCUCUCCGACACGGUGCAACAUCUCCAAACGUAGCCGAAGGGGGUGGCUACGAUGCCUGUAACAGCUACGAGGGCUACGACUUUUACGGGGCACAGGAACCUUUGCCCGCCUAUGCCGGCCGGCCCGUUUCGGCGCAUUACGGUGACAACGUGCCAAACUCUACAAUGAUGUCGACUCAACUGAUGAGGCCACGCUCGGCCGACUUCUUGGAGCGUGACGAUGAUGGCGAAGACAGGGAGCUGUACUUCCGCAAGAAGAGUGCGCCGGCCGUCGCAGCUAAGCCUCGCCCAAAGUCCAGCAUGGCUCAUUAUGACUGGGAAGACGAGGACGAAGCUCGCGACUGGCGGGGCCAGCAACAGCAGCAUCAACAGUGGAGGUCUCGCACCAUGGAGACCGUGCCGCAGGCUGGUGCAUUUCACGACGAGUCGCAGCUAGGAAGAAUGCCAUCAGUCAAGGCAUUAAGUGCAAGUGGAAAUUCGACUCAAAGCAAGAAGGCAGCUCACAAGGAACAGUCAAUGAAGCGACUACUGGAAUGGAAGCAACGCAUGCUGCAGUCUCCGCUUUGCAAGAAACCAGGUCAACAGCAGCAGCAGCAGCAGCAGCAGCAGCAGCAGCACCAUCAGCAGCAGCAUGUCGUGCCUUCUCCUCAAGAGCUCCAGUCGGCAGUGCUCCGCAAGACACCGAUGCCCGAGUCCGCACUGCCCCCCGAGCGUCCUCCAUUGCCCGAAGAGUACAGACGGCGAGCUUCUGAAGGCUCCAGGCCAAUGGAUGGCAUGCUGGGGGCCCACUUCUUCAACACAGAGCCACGAGGAGAACCUGUGGGUCGGGCGCAAGAAUCAUCGGCACCUUUGGGACCUGAUCUUAUUCAGCACGCAAAGAUGUCACCCACAAGGUAUCGUGACAGCCCGGAUUAUGUUAACUUACGGAACCUUCGUUGCGAUCCUGAAUUCUACCAUGACAAACAGCCCCAAAGUUACACACCGCCCAAUGUGCAAAGCCAGAAACCCCUGCGUUCCUGCCUGAGCCAGUCAGGCGGCGACAGGAGGCACUUGCCUUCACAGCACGAACAGUUGGGCACCGAUUGGAACAAGCCAUUGUCGAAAGCAGAUCAAAGCUCUACUCGUUUUCGCGAUGAAACCUCUCCUUACAGUGUCCAUCACGAUUCUCACAACCCAAGUCAGGCAUCACGUGCUUUUAGUCCAUUCGAGAAGACCUACUCCAACGAAGCACACAACAGGUCAUACAAUGAAGCACGUGAAAGGCCUUGCACUGAAGACAACCGCCCUGGCUUCUACGACACAGCUUAUGUCCAUUCUGACAGGCAGCUGAGCCCAACUAACAUUCUUGUGCAACGAGGCAACCAGAACGCUACUGCCAGUAGCCACGUAAACAGGGAGAAAAAGGUUCAGCAACUGAAUGAGUCGUUCAGUGAAGCCAGACAGACGAGUUACUCUUCAUCAGGCUCCUCAUUGCCACGGCACCAGAAUGAUGAAUCAGCUUUUCUUGAGGAAAAGAGCUUGCUGCAAGGUAGGCCACUCACGUCUCCUCAUGGUAGCACUGUUAUUAGAGACCCGAAGAGUGUUCUCAGGCAUCACAACUCACGGCUGUCAUCCGACGACCGUGUCACUGAUAGGGAUACCAGUCUUUCCAGGUCCGACCAGGGCCUGAGCAGUCCACGACCUAACGUGCCCCAAGAAAGGCUCUAUGGCAAUGCUGACAUGUGGCUUCGCAAGGACAGCCCUAGCUCAUCGCAUCCAUCGCAGCGUCCUAAAAACACCCCACAGGACGAGGAAGCAUUCUACAUCAAGAAAGAAGACUAUUACAGAGCUUCGCAAAUGUUCUAUCCCAAGCAGCCUGCUUCGAAAACACUGCUGGGUUCUGUUUCUGACAUAGAAAGCAGUGGCAGCGGUGCUGCCGAAAUGGAGACCUUUGACAGCCGUUACCGUCGAAGCUCAACCACACCAAAAAGUCCGCAGUGGGAAAUCGACAAGGACGUCGGACUCCCCGUUCCUGAUAACUUGGAUGUUUCCUUCCAGUCGACUAGCAAUAAUUCCGUCUUCGAAGCAUCGUGCGAGUGCCAAACACCGGGCGAUCAGAGCCCGGAGCUAUUCCAGGGCACUCUGCGCCCCAAUCGAACGUACGUGAGAGACAGGCAACCAUCCAAGAGUCCUAUGCACCUGUCGAAAGAUGUAGGCAUUGACACAGAAGUCAAGUGUGUUGAAGCAACCGAGGUAAAAAUUCCUGUGGGGAACUCAAGCUUCGAAGAAAUGAGAGCCGCAUACCAGAAAAAGAAGGAAGCACCGCCUGUGAACAUAGUACAGGAUAGAAUUAAGUGCUUUGAACCUAAAGACGAAACGAGUCCAAAGCAUGGCGAUAGUGUUCAAGAAAGCUGGGAAGCUGCAGAGGAAAAUCGAAUUGGAGACAGAACUGCAUCGUCAGCAGCGGGCAACAACGUAACUCCACAGGACGUUGAGUUCAGGACCAGUGCUUCCGAUGCUGCAAAAAUCGACUCUCUAUCAAAGUAUGGCAGCACAUCCAUCCUUGCAAGCCUGCAUAGAAGUGCAGAGUUGAACAGAGAGAGUGCACAGCAUGCACACGGCGACAAGCUUCGACAAGGUGAGGUGCCAAAGCCAGACACCAUGCCACUUCUCAGGCACUGUCCACAAGAGCCACCUCCUUGUUCAGUGCAGUCUAAGCCACCUGAGGCACACUACCUUCCCAUGGGCUGGCUGACAAGCGAGGCUGACUACGUUUCCAUGAAUGUUGAUCUCAGUCCUGGUUGCCCGUAUGAAGAGCCAGUUUACAAUGAGCCUGUGUUGCCAGUCACUAGCUAUGCUCAUGAUUCCUACGGAAAGUCUUCGUUGGCUUGUCAAAUCCUAAAAUCUGAAAGUUCAGGGUCGAGCAGUGGUGGUUCAGCCGAAAACAUUUACGAACAAGUCCAACAGACCUCAGAAGACUUGCAUUCAAUGCCGUACAGCAGCACUGGGAACAAUGUGCAGUCUAAACGAGAAAGUCCCCCUGUUUACGAAGAGCCAUACCGACUGGCACCUUCACAGCCUGAGACCAAGUCACCUGAGAAGCCAAAAAGUCACGAGUUGUAUAUGAAAGAUGGAUACAAGCAUCUUGUGAAGAAGGCUAUUCCAGAUUUGUUGCACCAUGAAGAGGUCAAGGACUCUGGAGCCUCAGAUGCAGAUGAUGAAGCUAGUCGGGCUGAUUUUGACACUGCCACAUCAUCUCUGCCGAGCUAUCAAAAGGAAAUUCUGAAUGAUCACGUAUCAUCACCUCUUCGAUCACUGGCACAGCCCUACUUACCUGUUUACACAUCACAUGCUACAAAAUACUCAUUCAAAAAGGAAAGAAAGCCUGAUGCUGCAACAUCAUCAGCACAAAGUACUGAUGCUUUUAAAGAACCUGAUAAACGCAGCCCAAGCCAACAUUCCAAGUUUGUGUCGUUUGCAGGAACAGCUCCAUUGACCAAUUCCAAGAUGAGCCCCGAUGCAUUUGUCAAAGUUUCCUCAUACCAGAGUGAAAACAGGCCCACUAGCAUUGGACUGCUAAAAAGCCUUGAUGGAGAGACGAGCUCCAGUGAAGCUGGUUCUAGCUUGACAAGUUCUGUGGUUAAAACGAGCAGUGUGGAUACCUCGCUGCGCAGCUCCUCAAACCAAGGUAACUUUAGCCAGGUUUCAUCGCCCCUUCUGUCCACUGCUCCUGACGUCUUGCCAUCGGAGGUUCGGUGCGUUGUCUCUGAAUCCAACUCCAACAAAGUGCUGAACAGCAGCAGCACUGGCAACAGUGCACCAUACUACUACUCCGACAUCUUUGGUGACAAGCUUGGAUCGGCUUUUGGUAGCUCGGCGGCACGGCCCGCUAGUCAGCAGUCGCGGGCGACACCUAACAUGCUCAACAAUACUCGUGACGUGACGUCCAUGUCUCCACAUUCCAAGGAUCACGUCGGUCGCAAGGUCAACAAAAUCUCAACUCCGCAAGCCGGACUCGGCGUCAGCCACACGCGCACCCUCAGCGAGCCGCAGUCGACGGCCGACUUGGAGAGCACCCUUCGUGGUCUCCUCCACCCCGCGAACACCCGCAAGUUUUCCGAUGCCGAGCGCAACAAGUACGUUGCCGGUCACACGCUCGAAAAGACGUCGCACAUGUCACGCUCUGUCCUCUGCCACAUGCGCAGUAAGCAGGCGGCUGAAGCGAGCCAGCCUAGGUCAAAGGAUUGUGUUCCUUCAGGCUGCGGUGACUCUGAAGAAGGCACGGCAUCUCGAAGCCCUGGGAAGAUGCUGCCAAGGCGCUUGUCUCGCUCUCUGGAGGACAUCAUCGACAGCUCGCCUGCGGAGCACGUGACUCGCAGCAAGACACCCCUGAUACCAUCAAGCUGUCAGGAUGAGCCCUACUACGAAAACGUUGGGUUUGGGAGUGCACGCACGCAGCCGUCACCUUCGAAAGCAGUCAGCGGUGCCAGCCCUCAAGUGUCGCCGGCAAAGCACAGCAUCUAUGAUGGUGAAGACUUGUGCAGGGAGUUUGUGGCUACCAGCAUGCUGAAUGAUCCGCUCGGGAUCUUGGGAAAAUCUGCCGAACAACUUCCCGCCGAAAGGCCGCAGAAGACAGCGGCUUGCAGUGGUGACUUUGUGCAGAUGGGUUCCUUGAGUGCCAGUCUGGGAUCUCUGAAGUUGUCAUCACCCGAGCGUCAGGAGGUGCCUUUCUAUUCCAGCCAUAGCCCCCUGGUUGAAACAGGUAAGCGCUGCUGGUCAAAUGACUUCCAGAAAUCUGCUGCUCAAAGCGAUCUGCACAGGCACAGUAUUGACAAUCUGCAUGGCCAUGGAAUGGAAGUGCAACCAAAAAACUCACCUGAAAGGGCGUCUCAGCCAACAUCUCCGUCAAGUCCAAGCCUGAGUCAUAGCAUUUCGGCUGGUGAUCUGCUAGGAAAAAGCCAUGAAGAGCUUGUCCUGCUUCUGAUCCAGCUGAGAAGAAGUCAAAGCAACCUAUUGUCGUGCCAACUUCAGUGCAAGGAAGAACUGCAUGAGCUGAAGCAAAAGCUUGUUCAGAGUGGCACACAGAGCAGUGCAGCUGAUGUUCAGCGUUUGGUGGGCCUUCAGCGGAGCCUGAACGAGUUGACAAGAAACCUGGACCUAACUCAGCCGCUCAUCAGCCUGGUCGAGAACAUGGUCAAGCUUGGCAGUCUGUACACCGUUGCUGGCAUCAGCAAGCAGAACAAAAAAAUGGAUGAGGGCGAAGACUAUCGCUACGAGGACACCUAUGCCGACACCUUGGAGGCUGAGACAUUGGAGAAGCAACAGCUGCUAAUUGAAAAGGAAAUUCUCCAUAUCCAGAACAUGCUUGCUGAAAGCACUUCGUGUGGUAGUCCACUGAAGGAUGACUUGGAGGUUGAGCUGAAAAGGCUUCAAAAGAUUGUGAAUGACCUUCUUCAGAAGAGGAGUAAAGUGUCCAUGCCCCCGAAUACCUACGUGGAGAAGGAGCCUCAGGUGAAAGCGAAGCCUCCAGAACCAAGGCAUAGCCCAACGGCAGGUGUACCAGAAAGGAAGCGGCAUCAGAAGACUUACUACGAAACUGACCUGGACUCGUCAGUGACCAGUAACCUUGCUCUGGACAGCCGGCCGACAUCCUUGUGUGACAUAGUCACUACGUCACAGAUUGCAGAACUGGAGUCCCCCAGCUUCUCGCCAGAGCCAAGCGAGGUACCCGAUGACAGGUCGUACGUGGUGCAAGACAUCAGCAAGGCCGAUGACCGCACCAAGAAGUUCUACGGGCUGCUGCCCCGAGACCGUGCGCAAGAGAUCAAGACUGUGCGCAUUGUUAAGCGCGAGUCCGAGCGCAGAAACAAGGGCAAGGACAGGCGGAAGGGCGGCCUCGACGACAACUGCCCUUGGUUGGCCGAAGAAGGAGACUCGGUCUUUCAAAAUGAGGAAGAGGAAGACGAUAUGGAAGCCAGAACUCCAGACACCUCUGCCUCAACGUUCGAAUCAUCAUAUGAAACCAAGAAGCCAGCCCAGGACAGCACAAGCUCCGAAGACAGGAGCGCGAGUUCGUCAUCGUCGGAGAGCAUGUCGAACGGCCAGCGCACACCAUUCAAGAACGAGUCUCGUCGCAACAAGCGCCGCCACUACACCAUCUCAGGCAGCCAUCCUUUCUUGGAGCAACAUUCGCCACCUAAAAUGCCCACUGGCCUGCGCUCACGAGAUGACAUGGACAUGGAGCGAUGCCUGAGGACAGUCAACACGCCAGACAUUGUACGCUCUACUAUAAAAAAGUCUGAAGUCUUCGAUGAACAGACCAUUGAUAUGCAGAUUGGCCUGCCUCAGAAGAUUCUCAUUCCUGAGCGGUACAUCGAAGUGGAGUCCGAGAAUGUGUCCGCUGUGGAGCAGCUUCGAAGAAGCCUCAAAGCGGCCAACAUUCGCAAGAUGCUGACGGAAACUGUCGGGUACGAGGACCUGGGCGCCCGGGGCUCCGUGGAAGCGUUGCGGUCCAAGGUGGGCGAGGAGAAGCGGCGCCGGGCACACCUGCUGGCCCUCAGCCACACCAUUGCCAAGGAGGUCAUGGAGCGAAGCAAGAUGGUGGCAGCGCACGUGACCUACCAGGAAAACACAUAGAAAUGUGUUUCUUUGUGACUCCCUUUGCCUUGCCUUCCUGCAUAAACACAGCACACGCACAUAUGCAGUCGCGGGAGUCGCACUCGAUUUCCACGCCCGUCCACACGCCAUCUCCGCAUCUCUCAUCGUAUCAGCUUGCAUUUAGCCAAUGUGAGGGAGGGGGUUACGGCAUUUCAGUAUUGGGGGGCUUUUUUUUUGUCCAUUAUUGCUUCGGUUUGUUUUGUUCGCCCAAUGUUAUUUUGUGCUUGCCUGUUCCUCAUUUACGUUGCAUUCUGCGUGCAACAGAUUCCCACCUCGAGAAUGUAUUAGCAAAAGGAGCAUUCAUCGCACACAUGUGUUGCUACUGCACUACUUUUUCAUUUGUGCAUCAUCCUGCCAUAAAUGUUUUCUUGCAUUGCGUCCCUCCUAUGACGUCGAUCCACCUUGAAAUGAUACUGUCUGUAGUAGUGUGGUUACAUUCCUUCCGGUAUCACUCUCCUGCUGUCUCUGUUUUGUUUCGUUUGUUAUUUUUCUCUGCAGCCUAAAUGCCAGCCCGUCUUGUUCCUUUCUCGUGUCACAUAUCCGCAUUGUGUGGUUUGGUUGCCUAUUGCGGGUGCCUUUGUCAAUGCAUUUAGAGGGAUCACAGCCUUACCCGAUGAGCAUUUUACAUUCUUGGCACACAACCCCAUUAUUUUAUUUUACUCGUUUAAUGGCUGAUGCAAGUUGAUUAUCACAGCCUUAUGUUAUCGUUAUUAUUUCUUUCUUUUAUAGCGAAUUUUAAAUCCAUGUCACCAUUCAGGUCUAAGUGCACCUACAGGUGUGCACUCGAUACGAGGUGAAACGCAGUUUAACUUUCAGUACUUUCUUUAAUGCUCAAGAACUCGAAGGUCAGACCAGAGGUGACAGAAUAAAGCCAAUUUGCUCACUGCUCAGUGUACUUAAAAUGCAGUUUCUUCCGUGUUGUUCUGUACGUUUCUUUUCAUUUCUUUUUUUCGUGUUUUUGUUUAUUGUGUUGCAGCAGCAACUUGUCAUCUGUUAUGCUUUCUUUUUUUGUUAAUCAUUACAGUUGUGCAUUUCACAUGGAGUCAUAUUUUUUUUUCAUGGCUGGUCGCUGCCUUAGUACUUAACAGGCAUUUUUAGCUACUUACUUUCCUGUACCCACAGCAUUAUACGGCAUUUUAAAGCUAACGCUUUCUGCAUGGAAUAUAUUAUGUACGCUGACGCUUUCAUUAUUGUAUUCUGAAUGGCCUGUGCCAUUUGAUGUGCAAUUGCAGAGUAGAGGGUCGUAAUUUCUUUUCCCUAGCGUACUGUGGGGCCUGUGCAAAGUUGCUAUACGUACCAAUACACUGCUCAGACAACAGCGUCACUUUUUAUAUAGAUACAUAUGUCCACGUACUUCAUGCAUGUUUUUGCAAACGAGAACGGGUGAAAAUCAGAGUGUGCUACUUAAUAAUUAAGUCCUUUGUUUUAAUCGCAUGUUUACACUUUUAUGUUUGUAGUGUUUUUUUAUGUUUGUACCAAGAGCAGCUAGGCCUUGUGCUUUUUUUUUUAUUGUUGUUUUUGCAUGUGUUCAUGACUGCAGCAGUUCGUCAACAAAUUUGGUGCAUCUUUAAAAUGUUUUGUUCCUAUUUAGGUAAGCUUCUGUCCUACAGUAAUAAUAAUCACCAUUUAAACUUAAGAACAAUUCUUUUUGUUUACCUUAGGCAGAUUAACCAUACUUCCGUAAUAAUGUGUGCCCCAUGAGCUUUAUAAGUAACAUGUUGUAUUCAAUAAGACAAUGACAUUUUUUUUCUAUAUCAAAUUAACACUAUGUUAAAUAUAAGCUUAAAAGCUAUUCAUCAGCUAUGAAGAUUUCUGUUGUACCCCCUGUACACCCAGAAAGCAGCAAAAAGCAGCAAGAUUAACGUAUAGAACGAAAAGUCAAGUAAUUGACGCAAGUGUAUACAAACAAGUUGGCCGUUGCACUAAUAUUAAAAUCGAGACAUUCAAGAAUUAAAUCAGAAUUAGUAAUAAUGUAGAGUUAAGUUACUGAUUCAUGAAACAUAACAUGGCUACUGUGAUACAGAACAUAAGUGCUUGUACAUUGGCAUAGGAGUACAUUUUCUUAUGGUGAUAAACUUGGGCAAUAUGUAUAAACAGUUCCAAGCAACAAAGAUACAUAAUCUGAAACUGCAGUGCAUAGCAACAGCUCAAGAGUAAUACGUACAGUAUGCACACCAAUGCAUUCAUUUAUAUGAAAAUGCAUGUCAGCAUUUUCAAAUGUGGACCUUUUGGAUUUGGUGGUUCUGUUUUAAAGAGGUGUGUAGGGUACGUUUUGGGUGCACUUUCAGGUACAGGCCGUUUCACACUUGGGGGAAAACUCCCAUCGUAUUGCAAUGCACUCUGAGUUACCCUUAAAUGUGAAACAGCCUGUACAUGAAACUAUUCCGAACGUCCCUUGCCCCCUUCUUUUGUUUUUAUGGUGUCUUAUAGCCUGUGGGUGGAUUUGCAACAUUUCAAACCCUAUAAUUCUAUUUUUCUGUCUACCUUUGGGACUAUGUAUUACUAAUGCAAGGAAUAUUUAAUGUCUAGAAAAUAUGCAUACGGUGGAAAAUUCUUUCCUGCCGUUUCAUCGCGGAAUUCUUUGAGGCUCUUUCAGUAAUGACUGAAACAUGAAACUUUUUCUGGAGCUUGGGAUUCCCAAAUGUUAUUUAGACUUUUUUAUUUUUAAUCUGACAGCCAUUAUUUGGUUGUAGACAGUUAAUGUCAGGUUGUCUGUGUUGCUGUUGUGAGCAGCGAUAUUCUACAGGGGCAACUAUUAUUAUUGUAGGACAGGAUGCUUCCCAGAAGGUGCAAGUCAUUUUUGAAUGAGCAGCAGCUUUUUGACUGUUUUGACAGUAAGUAUGGCAGGGAGAGCUAGGCAGCAGAACGUUUAAUGCACCUAGGAGGAAGAAAAGGGAUUAAAAUGUUAAUUGUUCUACUGAUGAUCCUCUUCACAGUAUCAUAAAACAGUAUACAAUAUUAUUCAGAAACUAUGCUCAAUGUAUAAGGUGCUUUCAUAGUUGUCCUUGGUGAAUCAGGAGAAUAAGCAACAUGCUUGUGAUGUACUGUGUACUUCUUAAAAGAUGGCCUCACAGUGUUGCUAUAGGACGCACUGCACCAUGAACUCAUGCAAGCGUGUCCCGCUAAAGUUUUGUUUUCCUGUAGCAGCACCUUCGCAAACCUUAGCUGUGUCUUCUGAGUUCUUGUUUUGUUGUCACUAAGUGUUUGCAUUUGUUUUGUGCCUUCAUUUCGCUUGUUUUAACGAGCUGUAUAUUAUUAUUUUUUUUGCUCAGGCUUGGUUGUGCUGGUUUACAAUGGCAUUUUGUAAGAAUAGGGCAGUGACAUACCAAGCAAUCGUUUCACUUUUAAUGUUAUCAUCGGUAUAAGUGAAAAGGGACGGCAUGGUACUUCUUGCGUUUGCUAAUCGUUAUUCAUAAUUUCUUGAAUGCGACUUUUUAAAUUGCAUGCUUGCUGUCUUAGGUGAAGUACAUUUUCAAAAUCACCCUCACAAGUGCAUUAGCAUUGUAAGUAUUGGGGUAUUUAUAUCAUUAUUGUGAAAUUUUAACCAUGAGACCUGCCAGUAAGUAUACAGUUAUAGAUUGCUGCCUAGAUUUGUUACUGUAGUAAUGCAAAAUUAUUGUGCCUCUCUUAGAUUUACCAAAUCCAUCCAAACACACAGAACGUAUCAGAAUAUAUAUGUGUAUAUAUUUUCACUAUGGUUACCUGUGAUAUCAGCAUUGAUUAGAUGCUCAUGUCAGUAUGCAUGUUCAUUUUGACACGCAGCUAAUGAAAUUUGAGCUUUCAAUUGCAUAUUAAGUUGCAGCACUUGUACUGGGUCCUUGUUACUUGGUUAACCCUUUGUUGGACACAACGAGGGAACAAAAGUUAUCAUGUUUAAAACAUUUUUAGUGAGCUAUUUAUCACUUCUUGAUCCCAAGAAAACAAAUCUGAAAGUCG